AGAGAGUUUAAGGGCGUCGAGGACACGCGGCGGCUCUUCACUUCCUGGUUAAAGAUGGCGGAUGAGAAUGAGACAGCACCGCUGCCGGAGAAAGAAGAUGUAGAGGACCAUGGACACUGCAGCGACUGUGAAAACGAAGAGCACCACUUCGGCGAUGGCGACAGGGGUUUGGGUGAUGACACUAGUACCAAGAAGAAGAAAAAGAAGCAGAAAAAGAAGAAGAAAUCUGGUGCCAUGGAAGCAGAUCAGGACCCCUUUGCCAAGGUGAACUCGUUGCCAGCUGAUAAACUUCAGGAGAUCCAAAAAGCCAUUGAACUAUUCUCUGUAGGCCAAGGCCCUGCCAAAACCAUGGAGGAAGCAAGUCGAAGGAGUUACCAGUUCUGGGACACACAGCCUGUCCCCAAGUUAGGGGAGACUGUGACGUCACAUGGCUCCAUUGAACCUGACAAAGACAACAUUCGUGAGGAGCCCUACAGCCUACCGCAGGGUUUUAGCUGGGACACACUCGACUUGGGAAAUCCUGCUGUGCUCAAGGAGCUCUACACUCUUCUUAAUGAGAACUACGUGGAGGACGAUGAUAACAUGUUUAGAUUUGACUACUCUCCAGAGUUCCUGCUUUGGGCCCUACGGCCCCCCGGCUGGCUGCCACAGUGGCAUUGUGGGGUGAGAGUCAACUCUAACCAGAAGCUAGUAGGCUUCAUCAGUGCUAUUCCUGCAAACAUCCGCAUCUAUGACAUAGAGAAGAAAAUGGUUGAGAUCAAUUUCCUCUGCGUCCACAAAAAGCUUCGCUCCAAGCGAGUAGCUCCAGUUCUCAUUCGAGAGAUCACCAGACGGGUCAACCUGCAGGGCAUUUUUCAAGCGGUUUACACUGCUGGAGUGGUACUGCCCAAACCUGUGGGCACAUGCAGGUACUGGCAUCGCUCUCUCAACCCACGCAAGCUAAUUGAGGUGAAGUUCUCCCACUUGAGCCGGAACAUGACAAUGCAGCGAACCAUGAAGUUGUAUCGACUGCCUGAGGCCCCCAAGACUUCAGGCCUGCGACUAAUGAUGCGGAAGGAUAUUCCGGUGGUGCAUCGUCUCCUCCGUGAGUACCUGAGCCAGUUCAACUUGGUGCCUGUUAUGAAUCAGGAAGAGGUGGCACACUGGCUGCUGCCUCGGGAAAACAUUAUUGACACGUACCUGGUGGAGAAUGAUGGCAAGAUAACUGACUUCCUGAGCUUCUACACACUGCCCUCAACCAUUAUGAACCACCCUGUGCACCGCAGUCUUAAAGCAGCAUACUCCUUCUACAACGUGCACACCACCACUCCUCUGCUUGACCUGAUGUCUGAUGCCCUCAUCCUGGCCAAAUCGAAAGGGUUUGAUGUCUUCAAUGCACUGGAUUUAAUGGAAAACAAGACUUUCUUGGAGAAGCUUAAGUUUGGUAUCGGCGAUGGAAAUUUACAGUAUUAUCUGUACAACUGGAAGUGUCCCAGUAUGGGGCCAGAAAAGGUUGGCUUGGUACUGCAGUGACAUCACUUUGCAUCAUAGUAACAGACGUCGCCAAUAGGCCAGGAAACCAACGCACUGACCAACCUGUCAGGGGGACUGAUAAUUUCCUGCUCCAGAAAAGGAAACUCGCCGCCCAUUUUACUUUUUGACUUUUUUGAACUUUGACUUGCACUACCGCAGCCAAGCGGGGAGGCAGUUAGUCAGUUCUUCUCCCUGCUCUUCCUCCUCAGUCUAUCACACGGACCUUAAAGCCAUUUGUUGUUGCAUCCUAAACAACUGUUUCAUCUGAAGGCUGUCUUGAUUGUACCAAACACGCCAACGGUUUACGCACGAGUCUGUAUACCACACACUCACUGGUGGCACACCUGCAGAACCAACAGUCCAUGUAAAUAACAUUAGACAUGACUGCCGAUUACAUCCUAACGUGCAGACAAGAAAGUGUUUUUAUUUUAUUCCUAAGUGUUGGAAGUGCUUUUUGCAGUUGAAUCUGUCAUCUUUAAUUUUUAGAGAUUAAAAAAAAAGAUCAAAAAUAUUUUAAUGGGGUAAAAAGAUGAGGUAAUAAAUACCAGAUGUGGAGACCAGAUAAGGGCUUAUGUUCGCAUUUUUAUGUUUAACAUUUGCAGUGCUACUUUGGGAGAGUUACCGUAUAUGCCAGCGUUGGCAUUUGCCGUUAUGCUCCAGCUUACUCCCAUCAUCCAACAGUUUAGAAGAAAGGCCUGAUGCAACAAGGACCUGCUCGGCUGGUGACGUCGACAUGCAUACGGUCGAGCGGGUGCCGGUUUGAUGGACAUGUUCAGAUUUGGUAUGAUGUGAUUGGACUAAGACCCAGUUUCAUUUUCCACAGGUUUUUUGCAUAUUCCUGCCAAUAGGUCAUGGUGACUCUUAGCUCUCCAGCUUUGAAAUCAACAAGUGCCUGAGGGUGCACUUACUUUUUUUUUUUUUUUUCUUGCAAACUAUGGAAUUUAUUGUGUUCCAGUGGUCUAAAUGAGGAUGGCUGGAAAAUGUCCAAAAUGAUCAUGAAAGUUACAAGUGUGCGUGCGUGCGUGCACACAGGAAGCUGUGUCUACAUGCUUUGUGGUGUGGUGGCAUGUUGAUUAUUUUUCAUCAGACUUGAUCAGAAUAAAUACUAAUUCUAAGCUUUAAUCAGGACAUUUUUAUUAACAUGGAAUAAUUUCUUCUAACAUUGCACACAGUGCUGCCCAGUUUGUUGGCAUUUGUGCACUGGGUGAUUGACAGGUGCGGGUCAGGUGGAAACUGCAGGGGAGGGGUGCGGAUUGGGGUCACGCCCCCUUUUAAAGUGAUUUAUUUAUGACGUGUGAAAUAACCAGCAUAUGGUAAAGAGGAGGAGGGGGUUGGAUUCGCUGUUAUACAGAAAUGAGACGUUGCGGCUGAUUUUUCGUCUUUUCAGCAGAAAUAAACUCUAGAAGUUUGUGUCAGACUGUUGUGUGGUUUUUCUCAAGGUGCAGUUUCAUGGCUUGAAAAUAAAUCUGCAAAA